CGGCAACAUAUCAAACAGUGUCUCUACUGUUGAUAGAAAAUGACGACCGCCACUUAGGGCGGGCUGUACCUAAUGAUUGUGUAGCGAAUAAUUAUCCACCGAAUGAUCAUGGGCGCUGUGCUAGGUAGAAUUCUGGUUCACGGUGUCGCGGGUGCCGCGUGCUUCGCCACUGCCCGAAAAGUUGUCACAAAGAACGAGAAGGAGACUACACUUCUGCAUGCAGAGGACGGUGGUGUCGACGACCUCCUGGGCGGGUUGCUAAAUGUAGACAACCUGGCGUACUAUGAUGCAGCGCUGAACAUGUUACCCGCAGGCGCAGACGCGGCCCCAACGGCGGACGAGACAGAGGCGUUGCAUGAUGCGGU